CUAUUGGCGGGGGAGGGGGAGAGGCGGGGUGACUGGCGAUGUGGCGCGCGGCGCGUCGGUUGGCGUCGGUUGCCGGGGCUGUGGGGCCAGGUGGGGACGGCGAGGCGGCGGCGGCGCGCAUUCUUUCUCCUGCGGUCUGCCGGGUGCGUCGUCGUUGUCGGUGCCGUCGCUCUCCGGACUUCCUGUCGCCGCUUCCUUUGGCCGGCCUGAGGGGUAGGGCGGCGUGGCCUGGAAGCAGAGAACGUAUUUUUCUUAGAAAGAUCAAUAUUGCAACCAUGCCAGAAAUAAAUACUGAUGAUCUGGAUAAACAGCAAGUACAGCUGCUGGCAGAGAUGUGCAUUGUUAUUGAUGAAAAUGACAACAGAAUUGGUGCAGAUACCAAGAAAAACUGCCAUCUGAAUGAAAACAUUGAGAAAGGACUGCUGCAUCGUGCUUUCAGUGUUUUCUUGUUCAAUUCAGAGAACAAACUGCUUUUGCAACAGAGAUCAGAUGCAAAAAUCACUUUCCCUGAUUGUUUUACCAACACCUGUUGCAGCCAUCCCCUCAGCACACCACUGGAACUGGAAGAAAAUAACGCAGUUGGUGUUCGACGAGCAGCACAAAGACGAUUGCAAGCAGAGUUGGGAAUUCCACUGGAACAGGUAACUCCAGAAGAAAUCUUCUACCUGACCCGAAUUCACUACAAAGCUAGAUCCAAUGGGAUCUGGGGAGAACAUGAAAUAGAUUAUAUCCUAUUUGUGCAGAAGAAUGUGACACUGAAUCCAGAUCCGAAUGAAAUUAAAAGCUACUGCUAUGUGACACAGAAGGAACUGAAGGAACUCUUGGAAAAGGCAUCACGGAAUGAAAUUAAGGUUACUCCCUGGUUCAGGCUAAUCGCGGAGACUUUUCUUUUCAAAUGGUGGGAUAACUUGAAUCACCUGAAGAAAUUUGUGGAUCAUGCUAAAAUACACAGAAUGUAAAACUGUAUGCACUAAACUAAAAGGGUGCAUGUUUGAAUUACUGUUUUUCAACAUACUACAACAGGGCAAUUUAAUGAGAAGUGGUCCCUUAAGAAUGUGUGGGAUUGUUCGGAUGGCUUGUUGCUUGCCUUGUGCCUUUCACAAAAACGUUUGUAUUGCUAACGAACUAGAGAAUAUGUUCCUGGCAGAAUUUUCCACUAACGCCUGAAACGACAAUACUAAGAUGGCUAUUUUCAGGUAGGUGUAUUCUGGCCAGAAUCCAGAGAGCCCUACACAACUCAGUUCCCUAUGCAGCUUUACGUGAGAAAGUUCUGUGGAAAAAUACCAUGUUCUAAAGCAAAAAGAGGAGGAGUCAGCUAUUGCAAGACAGUCAGUGAGCCAUUCCACAGGGUAUAUAGAAGCAGAGGGUAGGGCCUGUUGUAGCUUUUUUUCUCCUAGUCCUCAAGGCUAUACUAUAGUCCUGUUCAGAGGUGUUAUAAAAGACAAAAAGACCUGACAUGUUUUAGUCACAUAUUUUAAGUGUGUUGGACAGCUGCAGCCUCAGGUGUAAGGUAAGGCUUAGAGGCCCCAGCAAUACCUGUUCACUUGGAAAUGCACUGCUGCAUUCGGCUGUUUUUGUAGCUAGCAAUAAACCCCAGUUGAUAUUAUUUUACAACAAGGUAGAUCAAGUCAAUGAUAAUUAUAAAAUCUAAAAGGACCUUCCUCGUGUGAAUUUAGAAAAAUCAAAACCCUGAUGAACCUCUUAGAUUUUCAGGUAGACCUGGAAGCCUUUGAAAGGCAACAGUGUAGUGCUUUACAUAAUCUAAGAAACUUGGGACUCUAUUGUUGUGUUUUUAAUUACUGAAAAACCUUUUAAGUCAUGGGAGAAUUAAGUUAUACUGCUUUCAAAAAAACAACUGCAAAUGGUAGAAGUGUUUCUCAGUGGUUCAAGUGUUUACUGGUUUGUAAAAAAAAAAAGUCUGUUGUAGAAGUUUACUUCCCCCCAGCCCUUAAAAAUAAAGAACUAUGGCAGAA